AGUAGCGCUACCGUUUCGGGAGAGCAACUUUUGUUCUCGUUGGCCUCAUAUAUAUAUAUUUAUUUAUUUAUCGACCAAUCCCCUGUGUUGCGAGGUGUUCUUUUCCUCUACCAUUACCGUUGUUAUCAUGAAGAGCGUACUUCUUAUUGGUGCUCGCGGAGGGCUUGGCCGCGCCGUUGCGAGCGCGUUUAGGGAAGACAAGUGGUCCGUCAUCGCUAUUGAUCAAAGUGUCACCGCUGCUUCCAACGACGGGUGCCAUCUUGUCAGUGCGAAGAGUUCCAUCGAGGAGCUACAACAGGCGUACCUUGCUGCCGUGGCCGGCGCUAAACUGAACGCAGUGAUCAACGUCGCGGGUGGGUGGGCGGGGGGCUCCAUCGCAGAUACCAGCACAGCAGCAGCAGCGGAGCUCAUGCUGCGCCAGUCACUUUUUUCCUCCUUCGCCGCUGCGCAUGUGUUCAGCAAGUAUGGGCAAGAGGGCGGACUGCUGCUUCUCACUGGAGCCGCUGCGGCUGUCGGCCCCACGCCAGGGAUGAUUGGAUAUGGUACUGCGAAGAGCGCCGUGCACUUCGUGUGUCAGUCGAUUGCAUCUGAUCCCGCCACUAUCCCGCCCAAGGCCAGUGUAGUGUCGAUUCUUCCCUCCGUGCUGGACACGCCUGCAAACCGCAAUGCCAUGCCGGACGCGGACCGCAGCACCUGGACGCCUCUCGACGACGUUGCGCGCCAGAUCCUUGCGUGGAGUAAUGGCGGCGGGAGACCGGAGAGUGGAUCGUUGGUGAGAGUUGUCACAGAUUCCAAGGGUACUCGCUAUAUCGUCUAG